AUAUGGACCCGUCUUUCUCGCCUUUUAAAUUCUCCGUCUCGCUCUCGAAUCCCUCAGUUUUGCAGUCUCCCCAUUUCAUUUCUCUAAUGGCUACUCUCUUCAUCACAUCACAUUCUUCUUUAUCCUCAUUUAUCCCCAAAACCAACUUCAACAAGCAGAAUAUCUGCCGAACUCUGCCCAUCGUCGUCUCCAAUCCAGUUUGCCGAAGAACCCACUUCUAUUUUUCUUUAAACUCAAAACCCACUUCGAGAAGGCUGAAACCGGUCAAUUUCUCAGCCAAAGACGAGCAAGACGCUGAUCCCUCUUCCUCAUCUUCAGUUGUGGUGGUAUCUGCGGAGCCAAGAGAUGACAAUGUCGCUCAAAAGGGUGUCCAGGAAAAAGAGUUGGGUGAAGAGAGUGAAGACGUGGAGGAGAAAGAGAAGCAGCAGGAAAUGGAUUGGAAAACGGAUGAGGAGUUCAAGAAGUUCAUGGGCAAUCCUUCGAUUGAGGCGGCGAUAAAGCUGGAGAAGAAGAGAGCUGAUAGGAAGCUGAAGGAGCUCGAUAGAGAAAAUAGUAGCAACCCACUUGUGGGGCUUUUCAAUAGAGUGGUACGUGAUAGUCUGACUAGGGAGAAAGAGAGGUUGGAGAAAGCUGAGGAGGCUUUCAAGGCUCUGGAUCUUAAUAAGUUAAAGAGCUGUUUCGGGUUUGAUACAUUCUUUGCAACGGAUGUUCGUAGAUUUGGAGAUGGAGGAAUUUUUAUUGGUAAUUUAAGGAGACCUAUUGAAGAGGUAAUCCCAAAGCUGGAGAAAAAGCUAUCUGAAGCUGCGGGCAGGGAGGUUGUGGUAUGGUUUAUGGAAGAAAAAGCAAAUGACAUUACAAAGCAGGCAUGCGUGGUCCAGCCCAAAUCAGAGAUGGAUCUCCAAUUUGAGUCUACCAAGCUGAGCACUCCUUGGGGAUAUCUUAGUGCAAUACUCCUAUGUGUUGCAACUUUUGGGACAGUUGCUCUGAUGAGUGGCUUCUUCCUGAAACCCAAUGCUACAUUUGAUGACUACCUUGCUGAUGUUGUGCCUCUCUUUGGUGGCUUCAUCUCCAUUCUCAGUGUUUCUGAGAUAGCUACAAGGGUAACAGCAGCUCGUUAUGUUGUCAAACUCAGCCCGUCUUUUCUUGUGCCAUCAAAUUGGACAGGCUGUUUAGGGGUGAUGAACAACUAUGAGUCACUACUUCCCAAUAAGAAGGCUCUUUUUGAUAUUCCAGUUGCACGCACAGCUAGUGCUUAUUUGACAUCGCUGCUACUUGCAAUUGCUGCUUUUGUAGCUGAUGGCAGUUUUAAUGGUGGUGACAAUGCAUUGUACAUAAGGCCGCAAUUCUUCUACAACAAUCCCUUGCUCUCUUUUAUUCAAUUUGUUAUUGGACCGUAUGCAGAUGAUCUUGGAAAUGUACUGCCUUAUGCUGUGGAAGGUGUCGGAGUCCCCGUUGAUCCUCUUGCAUUUGCUGGACUUUUGGGAAUGGUGGUAACUUCUUUGAACUUGUUGCCAUGUGGAAGACUUGAAGGAGGGCGCAUUGCUCAAGCAAUGUUUGGAAGAAACACUGCUACCAUUUUGUCAUUUGCCACAUCCCUUCUCCUAGGUAUUGGUGGUCUGAGUGGAAGCGUUCUAUGUUUGGCAUGGGGAUUAUUUGCAACCUUCUUCAGGGGUGGAGAAGAAACACCUGCAAAGGAUGAGAUCACCCCAUUGGGAGAUGACAGGUAUGCUUGGGGUAUUGUUUUAGGGCUCAUCUGCUUCCUAACUCUUUUCCCCAAUGGAGGUGGUACCUUCUCUAACCCUUUCUUCAGUUCCCCAUUUUUCAGAGGCGAUUUGUAGGUACGUAACACGUUAAUUGUGUAUAUUCUAUCUAAAUAAAUGUAUCAUUGGGGUAAGUGUUGAACCAUAGCUAGCUAAUCAUAUCAAGAUUAAUAUUGUCAAGUAAAAGAACGAAAGAUGAUUUUUUAUUAUUGGAAAGAUGAAAGCUUGCAAACCUUAAUUUUUAUCGCAUGUCUUGGUUAGGAAUAAAAUGAUGGAAUGUAA